AUGGAAGAUAACGAGUUUCUUGAGCUUCCUGCCCUGGAAAUCUACGACGCUCCUGAGUUCACUUGGCGAGGAACAAUGCUGGACUCCUCGAGGCACUUCCUGCCGGUCGAUUUUGUCUUCAAACACAUCGAUGCGAUGCUCUUGUACAAGCUCAACAGGUUGCACUGGCACUUGACUGACGAUCAAGCAUGGCGGCUGGAAAUAAGGGCAUUCCCCGAGCUGGUACAUCAGGCACCGUUAUACCUGCAACCGUCUGCCGACAAGAGGGGAUACUACACUCAAGAAGAAGUUCAGUCCCUCGUGCGAUAUGCCCGAUGCAGAGGAAUCUUGGUGAUCCCGGAAAUCGAGUUCCCUGGGCAUUCCCUUGCGUUGCUGACCGCUUAUCCUCAGUACUGCUGCCUGGACAAGCCGCUAGAGGCUGUGGGAGCGCGAUGGGGGGUGCAUGAGGACGUGUUCUGCAUUGGAGGAAUGGAGUGGAUCUCGUUCAUGGAGAAGAUCUUGGACGAAGUUUUCGAUCUCUUUCCUGGGAGUUUCAUCCACGUCGGAGGCGACGAGGUCCCACACACCCGUUGGAACCACUGCCCCAAGUGCCAGAGGAUGAUCAAGGAGCUGAACUUGAAUGGAGCGAAUGGACUGAAACAGUACGGGAUGCACAAGCUGCUGGAGCUGAUAGAACGGAGAGGAAGGAUACCCAUCGGCUGGGAUGAGAUUCUUGAUGACUUCGAGAAUCUGUGGGGCAUCCGCGACCGGAUGAUGGUGCAGGCAUGGAGGGGAAGAGGA